AUGGUGCCAAAGUCAAACAAAAAGGGACCAAAAGGAGAAUCUCUGAGGACAGCCAAGAAUCUCAGAAAGAGAAAGGCAUCUGAUACGGAACAACUACCAACCAAAAGGAUAAAAGAAAGCACAGAUGAAGAAGAAGACCCAAAGCUUGAAUUUGAGGCCAAAUAUGUGGAGCUGAAUCCACUUGGUGAAGGUGGUUGUGGAUCUGUGUUUAAUGGCUAUCGUAAAUCAGACAAGUUAGUGGUGGCCAUCAAGCACAUCCCAAAUGAGAAUAUUUACUGCACACAUUUUGAUGAAAGUGGACGAGAGUUAUCUGUAGAAGUUGCUGUGAUGUUAAAACUUCAGUCUGGAACAUCAAAUUCAGCCGGCAGCAAAGCACCUAUCACCUUGCUAGACUGGUAUGUGCUGCCACAUGAACUGAUUUUGGUGUUAGAGAGACCAAUGCCAGCAUCAGAUCUUCAGUCCUACAUUGAAAGGCGUGGAGGUUCAUUAAAAGAAAGUGAAGCCAAGAUUAUCCUCAAACAUCUGGUAGAGGCAGCCAUUCACCUUCAGGAUGAAAAGAUUUUCCACAGAGACAUCAAACUAGAAAAUAUUUUGAUAGAGAUGUGUUCAGGCGCCCCACGAGUUCGUAUCAUUGACUUUGGACUUAGCUGCUUCACAGAGACAAAUUCAAAUCAUAACACCUUCUAUGGCACUGAAUGUCACAUCCCUCCAGAAUGGCUAAUUCGGUAUCAAUACAGCGCUGGCCCCACAACAGUGUGGCAGCUGGGAAUUGUCCUCUUUGAAUGCCUCCACAAAAAACACUUCAAUUCAUCUAGUUUUAUAAGAAGAACGAUCAAAAUCAACAACAGACUUUCUAAAGACUGCAAAGAUUUUUUGAAGCAGUGUUUUACCAGAGACCCAAAGGAGCGUCCUAGUCUGGAACAGAUUCACCUUCACCCUUGGCUCAACUAA